AUGGGAAAGCGGCGCAAGAGCGGAGGGGAGGACGUGGGAGGAGCGAAGAGGACGCCAGCGGGAAGGAAGACGACGGAGGCCGGUCCUGCUCGGACCAGGGGGGCGGCGUUGGAGCUAGGCUCAGCAUGGGUGAAGGAGAGCGAGGACGGAAUGGAGGUCGAAGUGAGACUGACGCGUGGGGAGCAGCUGCUGGUGCAGGGACGCGCUGCGUUGACGGUCAUCCAGGGCACGGCCUUCACACACGGCGCGAGAGUCACGGCGGGGAACACCGUGACCGUGACCGCUGAUCCACGCAGCGGGGCCUGGCUGGAGGUCACGGCGCGCAGCUCCCCCGGCACGCGCGGAGAAGACUCAAACACCCCGGCGCCCACACUCGACCAAGACAGACUCGAAACCCCCCGGGAACUAGGACCGGAGCACCCGCACCUGCACGUCCGCCUCGAGCCGGCCCAGCCCCGCGCGGACACCGACCCCCGCGGAUUCCAGUGGGCCGUGCAGCGCCCCGAUCGAACGCCGCAGAGCACAAGCAACGUCGCCCCUGGCCGCGCCCCCGAGCCCGCGUCACGCACCGCGGGGGGCUCCGCGAGCGCGCUCGGCGCUGGCGCCGUCGCAGGACACGUCUUCGGCAACGACGCGUGGACGCACGGGGUGAUUUGCGACGAGGCGAUCGCGACUGCGGUGGCAGACACUACGCAGCCCGCUCGGAUCGCCGUCGUGGGGCCGAAGGGCGUCGGGAAGUCGUCGCUGUGCCGGCUGCUGGCGAAUAGGCUUCUGGCGACGCAGGGCGCGGUGGCGUGGCUCGACACGGACUGCGGGCAGCCGGAGCUGACUCCCCCAGGGUGCUUGUCGUGGACGCUGCUGACAGAGCCGCUCUUCGGACCCCCCCACCUGCAGCAGCGCCGGCCGGACGCAGCCUUCUUCGUCGGCGACACGUCGCCGCAGCACGACCCCAUGAAGUACGUCCGGGCUGUCGCGGCCCUGGCCAAGCACCACGCCGCGGUCGCGCCUUACGCGCCACUGGUCAUCAACACCCACGGCUGGGUCCGCGGGAUGGGCCUUGACCUCCUGGCCGACGCCCUCGACGCCGCAUUCCCUUCGCUCGUCAUCGCGCUGGAUCCGCCGGACUCGAGCAAGCGCAACGCGAACCUCGACGCCGUCCUCGCGACCCAGGCCGCACGGCCGCACCGCAGCGUGACGCGCGUGCUGGGCUGGGCGCCGCAGGACCGGCCCGGCGCGGCGGCGGCCGAGGUGUCCGAGCCGUCGCCCGAGGCCUCGCGGGCCGCGGGCGUCGCGGUGUGGCUCGGGGCGUGCGCGGGGAUGCGCGGUCCGGCGGCGGUGUGCGGCGGGGACGCGGGCGGCGUGGCGUGGGACGCGGUAGCGCUGGCCGUGCUCGGCGCGACGCCCGUUGCGGUGACCGGGGGGUCGCAGGUCAAGGUGUGGAACGUGAUGGACGACCGGGAGGUGGAGCCGCACCAGCUGCGGGGCCUCGCGGGCGCGAUCGUUGGUCUCGGCACUAGCGACGUUUGCGGCAGCGAUCUGACGGCGUCGGCGGGCCUGGCGCUCGUUCGGAGCGUCGGGCCCGGCGGGCGGCUGUAUUUGCUGACGGACGUCGCGCGGGACGUGCUGGCGGAGGUGUCGGUGCUGCUGGUGGGGAGGCUGGAGGCGCCGCGGCAGCUGCUGCGGUCGGGCGACGGCUGCAGCCCGCACCUGUGCAUGCACGUGCUGUCGGGGGCCGGCACGGGCGCCGCGGCGCAGCGGAGCCGGUCGGGUGUGCAGCGGCCGCGGUUGGCCGGGAAAAACUGA